AUGAAGGAUGUGACGCUGAAGCUCACACCAGGGCACGGCCCUGGGCAGGCUUCAGUAGCAUACGCACCCACUCCAAAGGAUUUAUAUCUUACAACUGUUGGCGCGGAUGGGAAGGUUUUCCUUCGCGACUCGCUCACCCUGGAGCCCCAGCAAGUCGCCAAAGUGGACACGCCGCCCGCAACCAUCCUCGCAGUCGACCCGAAAGGCAAAUACGUUGCAGUAGGCGACGACCAGUAUGUCAAGCGGGUCGCGUGUCGUUUCAACCUGACCCUGCGAGCUCUGAGCUUCAGUCCGGAUGGCCUCCGCCUGGCUGCCGGUGGCGAUGACAGCCUCAUUAAGUUGGUGGAUGUGAAGGACGGCACGGUGUACCGCAGCCUAUCCUGUGAGGACUACGUUUUGUCUCUGGCCUGGGACCCCGAAGGUCUUUAUGCCGCGACUGCGGGCCAGGAUAAGCGGGUGGUGGUGUGGGAUGUGGCUACUGCCGCGGCUGUUGCGACAGCUACCGCCCCCGAGGUGAUGAGCGGAUUGGCUUGGAGGCCCGAGGGCAACGAACUUGCGAUGGUGGGGGAGUCUGGCGGUGUGGGUGUUUGGAGCUGCCCCGUACCCGGAGAUCGCCCGGGGCCUGCCGUACCGGUGGACGAGCUGGAACGGCUGCAGCAGGAGCAGGAGCGGCUAGCUGAUCUGAAGCGCCUGGAUAAGGCCCGUCAAGGUCGCGGCGGUGGUGACACGGCUGCGUGUGGGUUAUUGGAUGACCUUGUUCCCCCCGCGGGGGGAGAGAUACGUGAGGAGGUGAUUGAGGAGGUGCUUGGGGGGGAGGGGGACGGGGAGGAGGAGACGGCAGCGGCAGCCGCAGCAGCUGCCGGAGGUGGCGCCGAUGGCGGCGCCGCGGCGGCGGCCGCGAAUACGAGCACCGCUGGCGGCGGCGACGGCGAGGAGUCAGUGCUGGCGGAGGUUAGGGAGCGUCGCGGCGGUGGCGGCGGCGGCGGCGGCGGUGGCGGCGGCGGCGGCGGGCAUGUACGAGGUGAUCUCUUGGGCAGGUCAGCCGUAGCAGGAGGUCGUCACGGCAUUCAGACAGUUCGGACGGUUGUCAGUCGGUUCAGCUCCCGGGUGCCUCUGCUCACCGACUACUACGGAUUUGACAAGGCCUGUUUGGGGGGGGUGCCCGCCAUGGUGAUGUUCCGCCCCUUCGACUCGUGGGCUCCUAACAGCGAUUGGACCAUGCCCCUCCCCCCGGGGGAGGAGGCGGUGUCCCCCCGUCCCUUCUACACGCCCAUGUCGCUGACCCCACCCGUGCUGGCGGUGGACGGGGGCUGUCCGCCCGAGCUGGAGGGCCAGGCGCUGCUGCUGGGGCUGGCGGAGCAGGAUAAGGCCCUGCUGAAGGCCUUUCAGCGGCUGGUGCGGGGGGAGCGGCACGCCAGGGCGUUGGAGCUGGCGGCCCAGCUCAACCUGUUUAAGAGCGUGGAGGGCGCUCUGACGUUGGCCAACCACCAUCAGGCUCGCGGCCUAGCGGAACGCAUCAGCGCCUUCAUGGCUUCACGACAAGCCUUGUUGGAGGCGGCAGCGCCGUCAUCGCUGCAGGGAGGCGCCGUACAGGGCGCUGCCGACCAGUCCUCCCAACCCACACACCAACCGCUGCCCCUGACCCCCGGGUCGGUGCUGACGUGGCUGGCAUUCACGGAGGACCACGGCCUGCCGGCGGUGGCGGAUUCGGAGGGGGUGGUGUGUGUCAGGACUCCGGACUUCGGUGGUCGCUGGCUGCCCGUGUUCGAGCCCCCCGCUGACCGGCGGCUGACCAGCUGUACGCCGUUGUGUGCAAACCCAGUGAUCCCCGACCGCAGGGCCAACACUGACAUAUAUCGUGAGGAAGGGGAGGAGGAGGCGGGGGCAGGAGGAGGGCAGAAAUCCGCAGGAGCCGCCGCCGCCGCCGCCGCCGCCACCGCUGCUGCUGCUGGCAACAAUCGCAGCGGCGGUGUGAGUCAGCCCCUGAGACCCGCCGAUAUGAACACCGUUCCUGGUACUGGUGGUGGUCUGACCCCGUUAGCCGACUGGGUGGUUUCGGAGCCAGGUGGUUCCCUGGCGGCGGGCCCCCCCUCGAGCGGUCUAUCCACUGGCCCUAGGUCGGCGGCUGCGCGGGGACUGCCCACACCGAACACGUUGCUGCAGGUGGUUAUACUUGAGCAAAUUCCCUGGGAGUUGUACCAGUUCCCGGAGUUUCCGUACCCCCGCAAGGCAGAGCUACAGCAGUAUCCCAGCGGGGACGCCGUACGUGAGUACGUCCAGGCCUAUGCUCGUCACUUUGGGUUGUACCGCCACACCUUGUUCGGGUGCCGACUGGUCAGCCUGCGCAGGAAAACGAAGCAGCAGCAGCAGAAGCCGCUGCCGUCGCCGCCUCCUCCACCACCUCCACCCAAGCAGCAGCAGCAGCAGCAGCAGCAGCAGCAGCAUUGCCCCAGAUCACCCGUAGCGUCCGGCGGUAGCAGCUAUGCGGCGGUGUACGGCAAAGACAGCCGCGGCGGCAGCAGAUGCGGCUGUGCCAGUGGCGGCGGCUACAGUUUCGAAGCCGAAUGCGGUACGGCAGCAGGUACGGCAACAGGUACCGGAACAGCUGUGACCAUGGUUUCGGAGGAGCGGUGCGGAUCGACCACUUUAGAAAUCGGGAGGGAGCUGCUGUCGUCCAUGACUCUGAAUGAGGAAGAGGGGGGCAGCGGCGGCCACCUGGGGGGGCCCGCCACGGCUAGUGAGAGAAGUACGAGCAAAGGCAAGGAGGACGAGGGCAGCUGCGGAGGCGGUGCCCGGUGGGAUGGCGUCGGCAGCGGCGCAGGGAGCGGCGGGGGAGGGGGUUAUCCCCGGUGUGAUGGUGAGGUGGAGAAGCGGGCCGGCGGUGGUGACGGCCGCGUGCCGGCGGCGACGUCAGCGGCGGCGGCGGCGGAGCCAAACGGCGGGCUCCCAGUCUGCGCGGCGGCCGUGUCCCCCGGUUGUGUUGCAGGUUGCAGUUCGGCACCCCGGGGGUGUUGCUGCUGGCGCUUCUGUUCGUCCUCCUACCGCGGGGGUGGAGGGCUGGCGGCGGCGGCGGNGGCGGCGGCGGCAGGAGGGGGAGGAGGGGGGGGUCGGGGAUGUCAGUCCCCCGGACCGCCAUGUUGCCAACAGCGGCCGGGCUGCCAGCCGCCGCCGCCGCCGACGCCGCGGAAACAACAGGAGCAGCGGCGGCUGCCUGCUGCGGCAGCAAGGGGGGCCACGCUGCCCUCCGGGGAAGCGGAAUGGGAGGCAGAGUACGAGGACUUCACAACGGGCAGGCGGUACAAACUGGACGUGUCGUACUGUGUACUGUGUACGGGGCUGUGCUCCACGCCCUUUAUCCCAUCCAUUCCGGGUCAGGCGCUGUAUCGCGGUCUUCAGGUCCACAGCCGGGACUUCACGGACGCCUCCGUGGCCGCCGGCAAGCGGGUGCUGGUGGUGGGGGCGGGCAAGACGGCGGUGGACAUCGUAUCGGAGCUGACGGCCACCAGCCAGGCGGCGUCCGUGACUCUCCUGUACCGCCGGCCCCACUGGCCGCUACCCCGCUUCCUGGGCCCGGUAUCCAUCAAGACGCUCGCCUACACUCGCCUGAUGCCGUCCGUACUCUUGCCGUACUAUUACGACGCGGGGCCGUGCGCACGCGCAGUCGCUGGUUGCCUCACUCCGCUUCGAAAGGCGUUCUGGGUGCGCAUGAUGCUGCGGGUGAACCGAGCUCUGGGGGUCAAGAAGACGCUUGGGAAGCCCGCAAGGCCCAUCUGCCAGGACGGUACGGAGCUGGAUCCGGAUGUCGUGCUGUACGCCACCGGGUACAGCAGUCACUACACCUUCCUGGAGCCGGAUGUACGGGCGGCACUUGACGUACAGCACGACGGGCUGUACUUGUACCGGCACUGCCUGGUGCCCGGACUGCCCGGACUCGCGUUUGUGGGGGCGGAGGUCUCCACCUUCAACAACAUCCUGACGUCAGCACUGCAAGCCGAGUGGCUGGCGGCGGUGCUGGCGGGGCAAGUCAACCUGCCGCCGCCGGAGGCCAUGGCAGCUGACGUGGCGGCGCAGCGGGAGUGGCGGCGCCGUACAAUGCCGCCGCACAAGCUCCGUGGCAGCACCGUCAUGUUGUACAUGCUGUCGUACCACGACCAGCUGCUCCGGGACAUGAACCUGCCCACACGCCGGAAGAGGACUUCCUGGCGCCACCCCCUGGCGGAGUGCAUGGAGCCGUACACGGCGGAGGACUACACGGACGUCUUCCGACAGAGCCCCGCCGUCGCCGCCGCCGUCGCCGCUGCGGCGUUCGCAGCAGCGUCUGGCCGCGAGCCUUCCGGUUCCGCCACAUCCACACGCCGCGACGUCAUCGCGGACGGGGAGGCCGCCGACGCCGCGGAGGCAACCGGGAUAGCCGCCGUCGAUGUCCAUGCGGAAAUUUCCGAUGUGCAGUGCGGUACGGCGGCAGCAGCAGCGGCGGCGGCGGCGGCUCUGGGGAGCGCAAGCUGGCGUCAGACGGUGGUAGGCAGCGGCGGCGGCGGCGGCGGCGGCGGCGGCGGGACGUAUAUCCCGCAUCACGCGGGUUGGCUGCCGCCGUCGGCCCCGGGACCUGCUGGCGCAGCGGCGGUGAUGACGAGCCGUGGCGGCCGCGACGGGGACUACGGCGGCGACUUGACGAUUUCCCCCUCCCCGGCCUCCCUGUCCAUCUGCCUCCGCCUCUUCCCGGGCGGCCAGCUGCGGGGCUUCUCAUCGAUGGGCCCCGACCAGGCGACCAUAAGGGGGCACAACUCCAGGAUGGGGAAGGCGCGGAUGAAGGCGGCGGCGGCGCCGCCAGGCGGCUUUGGCGGCGCGCUGGAUUCGCCGCCGUUUGGCUGCAGCACGAGCAGCGCGCUGUGCUCGGCAGCGCGUAACGGCAGCGGUUUCAACAGCACAGGUACGGCCGUCGCCGCCGCGCCGCCGCCGCUGAUAAGGGCCGUCUUUGCGUCACCAGCAGCGGCUGCUGCGCCCACCUCCGCUGCAGCAGCAGCGGAAGCGGCGGGUACGGCAGGUGGCGUUGCGAAGGUCUCCCCGCGGGAGGGUGUGGGAUCGGGCAUGCGAAUGGAGCGGAUGGGCGGCGGCGGCGGCAGCGGCGGCGAGACACAGAGCGGAACGCACAGAUCUACCGGGCCGGCACUGGCACAGGCGCUGGCGACGGAGGCAGCGGAGCACAGUGUUACGAGCACCGUACCACUGGACGAGCAGGACACGCUGUAUUCCCUAGACGCUCUGCCGCCGGCACUGCAAGCAUUUCGCCGUACGAGGGUGCGUAAAGGCACGCUGCCAAGCAUGGCGGCGGCGGCAAGUACGACAGUUAUGACGUCCGGGGAGGGCUACUUGGGCGAUGUUGACGGAGGUGGCAGUUGCCGAGACAAUGCUGUGUCACCUUUUGAUACGGCAGCUGCCGCCAGGGUCAUGAAGGGACAGAUGCCACCGCCGGCGGCGACGGGAGGCGGGUGGAUGGCUUGCGUCACCUGUAGAGCUGGCGGCGGGGAACAGCAUACGGUACCGCCGCCGUCACCCCCGCAGCUGGCGGCGGAUUCCCAGCCGUUACCAUCGUCGCCGCUGGCGUCGGCCUCGGCCUUAACGAGUCGCGCUGUACGGCUGACGCCGGGGUCCUCCGCCACUACGACAACUCUCCCCCGGGAGUUGAGCGCGAGCAAACUUCAGUUCCUGGGGAGCGGCGUCAGCGGCGGUAGCGGAAGCCCGUCGCUCGGGACGGCUGCAGCGUUCAACAGCUGCACCGGUAAUGUCGUACACCGUCGAUCCAGCGGCUCUUUUAUCUGGUCCCGGAGGCCGACGCCUCAGCCAAGUGCGGGUCGCGACACCGCCGCCGUCGCCGUCGCCGUCGCCGCCGGCACUUCUUCCGGCGUCGGCGUCGGCGGGGUCGGUGCCCUCCCUGCGACAUGCUCCGUUUCGUCCUUGUCCCAUUGGUACCAAGGAAUCACGACAUCGCACCCGUCCACGGCGCAGGGAGCUUUCGCAGCCACGGUGGCGGCGACGGCGGCGGCGGUGCCGGCGGUGCCGUCACGUGCAUGUGGGUCGUGUGUUGACGUCGUCGCCCAACCUCAGCAGCUGCCUGCUGCGCCCCUGGCUGAGGGCCGGCCGUCGACCUCCAACGGCCUCUUCGUGGCGCGUAUGAGCGGCGGCAGCGCCAGCAGCGUCGGCAGCGGCAGCGCCAACGCCAGCGCGCGCCGUAGUGUCCGACGGGGCUUUUCGCUGGCGACGCUGCUGAUGCGGGGUCGCAGCACCCAGGCUGCCACGGCGGCCGCCGCGAAUGACGUCCCAAGCAGUCGUAUGGAGCCCUCGUCGGCGGCGGUUUCGGAGCUGGCGUACAAGGUGCUGCCGCCGCGGCACGUGGAGGAGGCGCUGGCGGCGUCGGUGUUGGCGUCCGCACCCGCCGCCCGGGCGCAGCCGGCUCACACAGAGCGGCCGGGGGAGACUCGACUCCGUGUUGGGCUGCCAGGACCGGUUGCAUCCCCGCCGGGGGCAACGGCAUCGGCCUCGGCAUCUCCGGCAGCGGCGGCGGCGGCGGCGCCUACUGUACGGCACAUUGCGGGGCGUCCAACAGAAGCUCCGAAGCUGGUUUCAGUGCCACGACAGGGGUUCGAUCCUCCGACGCCGCUGCCAGUAGCGGCUCCGCCGCUGCCGCCACCGCCGCAGCGGCGACGGAGUCCCCACCGGCCCACCGGCGGCAAUGAAUCCCAGCUGGCUUUGGCAGUCUCAGCCGAGGCGGCCAUCUUGGACAGCGAUAUGUUCAUGCUGCCCGGGCCGCCGCCGCCGCCACCGCCGCCGCCCCGAGCCGCAGCGGGCCCUGCUAACGCGGUGCCGUCGGCACCGGCGGCUGCGGCGGCGGCAACGGCCCGUACGGCGGCCAUCAACGCCGGCAGCGGCUGUAGCGGCAGCAACACACUUUUUGGCCGUAUGCCCUCUGUUACGGCCUCCUCGAGCGGCAUCAGCUACAUGCCGUCCAGCAGCGCCAUGUCUUUCCCGCACUGGCUGGACGGCGGCGGUGGCGGCGGCGGUGGCGGCGGGGGGACUGGCGGCGGCAGCAGCGGCCGCCACCUGGCUCCGUACUACUUGGACCAUCUGCACGGCAUCCUAUCGACACGUGCGAGCGCGUCACCCGCCACAGGUAACUCGGGCGGCGGCACCGUUUCCGGCGGCUCGAAUCGUACGGCAUCGGGUCUUGCGAUGUAUAUUGGGGCGCAUGGUGCCGCCGUGACGGCGGCGGCGGCGGCCGCUGCCGCUGGUACGGCGGCGCGAUGGACCCUUCAUAGUCCCGAAGCUCUGCGCGGCGCCGACACCGCCUUCGCGACCACCGGCUGCGGCGGCGCCACCGUGGCUGGCGCUUCGCCUCCGUCGCCCGUUACCAGCAGCGGCGUCAGUUACCUGCCCACGUGCUCCACUGUGGUUCCGGGGCUGGGGCCACAACAGUGGCAGUAG